GGGCGCGCGGUUUAUGCAAGCUAGAGAUGAACGCGCUAUGCAUUCUGGGUAGGGCACUUUCCAUUCAGCCAUAUUGUAUCGUUGUCCUGGCUGAAGGAGACAGGAGAGAUGAAGGGGAUUCGGGGAAUCAGUCAGUUAACGACGAGGCUGUAUGCAGCCCAGGCAGCCCGUAAGGUGGAAGCCACUGGGUUUCAGCCACAAGAUGUUCAGGUAACCAAACUGCCCAGUGGGCUGGUGAUUGCAUCACUUGAGAAUUAUUCCCCAGCCUCAAAAAUUGGUGUCUUUGUUAAAGCCGGCUGUCGCUAUGAGACCUCUGACAACCUGGGCGUCACCCACCUCCUCAGGCUGGCCUCCAAUCUGACAACCAAGGGAGCAUCUGCGUUCAAAAUCUGCCAUGCUAUCGAGGCAGUUGGAGGCAGCAUGAGCGUGACUUCGUCCAGAGAGAAUAUGGUGUACACUGUGGACUGCUUGAGAGACGACAUCGAUACGGUGAUGGAGUUGCUGAUAAACGUGACAACAGCUCCAGAGUUCCGUCCGUGGGAGGUGUCUGAGCUCACACCCAGAAUGAAGCUGGACAAGGCUCGCGCUGCACAGAGCUCUCAGAUAGGUGUGGUUGAGGGUCUACACGAAGCAGCCUAUAAGGACGCCCUGUGCAACUCCCUGUACUGUCCAGACCACAUGGUCGGCAACAUCCACUCUGAACACCUGCAUCAGUUUGUCCAAAACAAUUUUACAAGUGGAAGAAUGGCUCUCGUUGGACUUGGCGUAGACCACGCAGUGCUGAAGCAGGUGGGGGAGCAGUUCCUCAACAUCCGCAGUGGAGCCGGAACCUUGAGGGCCCAGACUCGGUAUCGUGGGGGAGAGAUCCGUCUGCCGGGCAUUGGCAGUCUGGUGCAUUCAGCCGUGGUGAGCCAGUCAGCUGCUGCAGGCUCCAGCGAGGCUCUGGCAUUCAGCGUGCUGCAGCAUUUACUGGGAGCCGGUCCACACGUCAAGAGGGGAUCCAGCAGCUCCAGCAAACUGGUCCAGGGGGUUGCCAAGGCAACAGCUGACCCCUUUGAUGUCAGUGCUUUCAAUGCUAGCUACUCCGACUCUGGUCUGUUUGGAGUUUACACAAUUUCCCAAGGUGCAGCGGCUGGAGAUGUGAUUAAGGCGGCUCUCGCUCAGGUGAAGGCUGUUGCUGACGGUGGGGUCACAGCUGCCGACCUCACUCGGGCCAAGGCCCAGUUGAAGUGUCACUUCCUGAUGUCUCUGGAGACUUCAGAGGGCGUGCUGGAAGCCAUGGGCACUCAGGCUCUCGCUGAUGGAUCCUACCGCUCGGCUGACGAAAUCUCUAAAAGCAUCGACAACGUCUCCUUGACAGAUGUUGCUAAUGCUGCUAAGAAAUUUGUGACUGGCAAGAAGGCCAUGGCAUCCCAUGGCAACCUCAUCAAAACGCCCUUCUUGGAUGAGAUCUGAGCGCCUCCUCACCUCACUGUUCAUUCACAAAGCAGAAUUUGUUUCCUCCUCAUUUGAACAACAAUAAAUGUCUUUAUUGGAUUUUCGUAAGAAGACGAUGGAAAAAACAACCAUGUUUUAACACCAAUGGGUGUUUGUAGGUGUUGGGUGAUGCUCUGGUGCACCUCUGUAAUCUCAUCUGUCCACAUGUCCCUGUACAUCUGGUGUAAAUUAAGGAAUAAAUUCUAUCUACCUUAUAAGA